UGGUAACAGAUCAGCGAUACUUCCUCCUACUGGACUACAUCACACCACUCCUGCAAAAACUCUUCAAAAGCAAAGCGAGCGAGGGAACAGAGACGAUGGGAUUUUAAACCGGAGGGUCAACAUGAAGACACACUUAUAGUUAAAUUGUAUUUCUUUUGUUAGCGCGUGUCGUUCUGCGUGGAUCAACUUUACACCUUUGCACUGGAUGCUGAGAUGCGCAGAAAGUGACAGGGGUCCUCAUCUCUUCUACAGUCCUCAACGAGUUAUUAAACGCCAUGAAAGACGACUUUGCAGACGAGGAGGAAGUACAAUCUUUUGGAUACAAGAGGUUCGGGAUCCAGGAGGGCACUCAGUGCACUAAGUGUAAGAAUGAAUGGGCGCUGAAGACAUCCAUAGCUCUGCUCUAUGUGCUGUGUACUCUCCUCACCAUUGCGGUUGCUGUGCUUGGAUAUAAAGUGGUGCAAAGAGUUGACAGUGUGUCUGAGGGUAUUGCAAACUAUGGAGGAAAGAUAAUUGCUGUUGAGACUGAUUUGAAAAAGCUAGAUGAUCAAGCAGGGGAGAAAUUGGAGAAUACCACCACAGAGAUCCAGUCUUUCAAGAACAACAUCUGGAGUCUCCAGAGGCAGCUGUCUGCGGUGGAGGAACGCAUCCACAGCGAUCAAGUUAAGCUGAGUCAGCUGCAGAACAUUGGUUCAGACAUCCAGAACAGCCAGGGCUCCAUUCAGGGACUGCUGGACGGCAACACGGCCACCUUGCACUCUGUAAACGGCACCCUACGAUCUUAUGGCAGCAUCAUUGAGGGCCUGCAGGACGACACAGCCAGGCUGCAGAGAGAACUCCAGCAGCAGGUGAAACUUCAGGACCAGGCACUGCUCAGUAUCAGCAGCCUUAACUUCACCCAGGCCCAGCAGAGAGGCCUCAUUGCCGUUCUGCAGCGCUCAGUGGAUGACACAAGCCAAGCCAUCCAGAAAAUGCGUAAUGACUUUCAGAGCCUCGAGCAGACGGCCCGACAGACACGCUCUGAUACUGAGUGGCUUCGUAGUAAGGUGGAAAACCUGCAGGUCCUGGCCAGUAAUGUCUCAGCUCUUGCAAAGGCCAACAAUGACAGCCUGGAAGAGGUGGGAUCACAGCUCACUUUUAUGGCCAACAAGCUCCAGAACACCAGCAGCCUGGCAGACGCUCACGACCAGACGCUGAGGGAGAUUUUGGACCAGCAGAGGGACUUUGGUAACCUCACAUCCACCAAGUUUGACCGGCUGGAGGUGCGGCUGGAUGAGUCGGAGCAGAGUAUAGACCGCGUUACCGGCAACAUCAGCUUCACCACACAGCUCUUGGGGGCCAUCAACCUUAACCUGAACGAGUUACGCACUUGUUCCGAGACUGUCGACCGUCACUCAGACUUCCUACUGAACCUCAACGGCAGCAUGACAGAGAUGAGGACAGAUGCAGCCAGUCUAAAGUCCCAGCAGGAAGAGCUGGCAGCACGUGUGGACAAGGAGGUCACCAACCUCUCUAUUGUCAUGGAGGAGAUGAAGCUGGUGGACACUAAGCACUCACAACUAAUAACCAACUUCACUAUUUUACAAGGUCCCCCUGGUCCCAGAGGGCCACGAGGGGACAAAGGACCUCAGGGAGUAUCUGGUCUGCCUGGCCAGAAGGGAGAAAAGGGGGAAAAGGGUGCUCCUGGGAUACAAGGAUCUCGAGGAGAGCAGGGUAUCCCAGGACCACCAGGUCUGCCAGGGUUUAAAGGCCUGCCAGGCCUACCUGGCAGCCCCGGGUCCAAGGGCUCCCGAGGGUCAGGAGGGAGGGCCGGACCUCCUGGAGGUAAAGGAGAGCCCGGUACUGCUGGUCUGCCUGGAAGAGACGGACAGCCUGGUCCUCAGGGGGCACAGGGACCACCUGGUAUUAGAGGCUCAAUGGGACCAGCUGGGGAGCAGGGGCCAAGGGGCCUGCCAGGGCCAGUGGGGCCUCCAGGGCCAGCAGGACCACCGGGACAGCCAGGGAUGCCAAUCCGUGUUCCAGUCAUUCCUUUUGGCCCUGUGUCUCUGCAGGAUGAGGCAGUGGCUCCUACACUAUGGGCCCCAGGAUGCCCCAUUGACUGGGUAAACUACAGAGACAAGUGCUACUUUUUCUCCAAAGACCUGCGCAGUUUUGAUGAUGCAAAGGCAACCUGUGAAUCAUCGUCUGCAUCAUUGUUGAUCAUCAACGAUAUGGAGGAACAGAUAUGGCUGAAGGAGCGGACCACUGGAAAGGGCUACUUCUGGAUGGGUCUGACUGACGGAGGGAAGGAGAACGUUUGGCGCUGGCUGGACGGGACUGAACCUGCAUUCACAAAGUGGAAGCCUGGUCAGCCUGACAACUGGGGCCAUGGGCAUGAAUUGGGAGAAGACUGUGCGGGGCUCAUCCAUGAAGGGUUGUGGAAUGAUUUCUUCUGUGAAGAUCUCAUAAGCUAUAUCUGUGAGAAGGACAUGGAGACGCCAAGAUCACCUGGAUUGUAGCGGUCUUGAAAGGGAGCUUGCAGUGAGCAGCUAGACUUCCCCCAUGUGACACUGGUCCAGUGACUCAGCACAUGGAGAGUCCGUACAGAGAGAGCAAGGGGACAAUUUUGAUAUGAGCCCAGGGCCAACAGCAAACGUCUCUCUGACACUGAAGAGAUGCCUUUCUCCUCCAAAGUGAACCCAGUCCAGCUUUACCAGCAAGUGCAAUACAGCAGGCCAAUCAAUGGAGGACUUUUAUUUUUUAAAGUACUAAAUUAAAGUAAAAGUACCAAUUGAUUUUUAUAUAUAUAUAUAUUUUUGUUUGUUUGUUUUGUUUUUUGUUUUUUUUAUUGGCUAUUUGAAAUACAUUUUAUAGAACUGUAUUCCAUGUGCAACUGAAUAUAUGAAUGUAUAUUUCAUUAUGCAAGUUUUUGUUGGACAUUAUCAAUUCUAUGAAGCCAAGUGGACUUACCGUAGUGCUUUUAAUAAUAAUUGUCUUAAAAUGCAAAAUGAUGUGCAAAAAACAAUGUCGCUGAUAUGCUAUCUUCGAGGAACCUGUUAUCUAACCUCACGAAUGUCUUUGUACCAUUUUCAUUUAAAUGAAUAGAAACAAAUAAACUAUUUACACAUAAAUACAGGAAAAUGUCACAGCUUGAGUUUCACGUUUACAGUUUAAUACUCCACGUAUACAUUUUGUGAUAAUGAGAUUUAUUUUUCACUUCUAAAGACGUGCAUAUGUUUAUGAAUAUGAAUCUGGAUCCUACUUACAAAUAUAAAUGCGCCAUUUUCUGCACUAAGGUACUGUUUCCUGUUAAGAAAAAACACUUGAGUUUAAACAACAGUAUGGAAAGAUGAAGAAAACACUCAUAAAUAAAUAUGUAAAACCCACGA